UGAGAAAUUCAAGUUUUAAUUGAAAUAAAAUAAUACGACGUUUAGCAAUGUUGUGGCUGUAUAUCUUCAGUUUAGCUAUAAAAGUCGCCGUGACAGCGAAGAGCUCCGGCGGCGCCCGCAACAGUAUCCCCAUGAACAGGCUCUACACCUCCUCGACCGUCCGUAAUGCCCACGCGCAUCGUGCUGUCAAGUUGUCCAUCGAGCCCGAGCGAGUACGGAAUGAAUGGCGGUACGACAAUGCAACGAACUGGCCAGGCCGCCUCUGCCGGGACGGAGUAGGAAAACGCCAAUCCCCAAUCAACAUCAGAACAGAGUUGGUAAAGCCUGACGCGGGCAAAGAGUUCAUCAAGUACGGGCCGCUACGGCUGCAUGGGUACCAGAGCGUGCUGGUUUCUGGAGUCAACAACGGACGGACGAUCCAGUUCACAAUGGAAGGCGACGAAGCCAUGCACCCGACAUUAACCGGAGGCCCACUGCGGUACCUCUACAGACUCGAGCAGCUGCACUUCCACUGGUUGUCUGAGCACGCCGUCAACGGAUACAAGUAUCCCAUGGAGAUCCACUUUGUCCACAUCCGCGCUGAUCUUUCUACAAGUGAGGCUCUGCGGAAGCGAGAUGGUAUUGCCAUAAUUGCUGUAUUUGGAACAAUAAAGUCGGAGAUAGAGAACGACGAAACCUUCAUAGCGAGCGAGGUGAUGGAGGAGGUGGUGCGACAACUGCCGCAGCUGAACCAGUACGGGGACCGGCUCAGCGGGAUCGUGAUGAACAUGUCAAAGCUUCUAACGGCGAACCAGCAGUCUUACGUGACGUACUCCGGAUCUCUGACGUCACCUGAGUGCAACGAAGCUGUCACGUGGAUCAUACUGGACAACCCCGUGUUCAUGACUUACGGACAGUACAAAGACUUCUCAGACCUGGCCAAGACCCGGUACAACUUCCGUCACCUACAAGAGUCCAACAUCACGGUGUACCGACCGAGCACGAGGUUACCACGACCAGUGAUCUUCGGCGUUUUCGCCAACAUGUUCAAUUAUGUUGCUAGCUUCUUAAGAAACAUGAAUAGGUGA